GCGGAGCACUGUAGUACUAGUACAUGUGCGACCGAUUGCACGCUGAACCAGUAGCCGUACUCGACUAGUAGAGCCGAGUGGAAGGAAGCAAGGACACAGAGAAUUGACAAAAAUCACGCAAGGGCGAGGCGAGGCGAGGCGAGGAGGAGAGAGAAGCAAGAGCAAAAGCUGAAAAAGAGGAGCACCACUCGUGGGGUGGGGGUUAAAACCCCGAGAACAAACUCGGGAGCCGAGCAGCAGCGGCCAGCCGGAGCGAGCGAGACCGAGGGCGAGGACGCAAGCAGCGAGACGAGCGAGCGUGCAAGCAAGCAAGCGAGCGAGCGAAAGCUAUACCAGAGCAAGUCCCUCCCUGCAAGGCGGCUGCAACUGUUCCAGGCUUCCCAGCUAUCCCCUCCAAGACCCUCUGCUCUCUGCGUAGUAGUAGCAGUAGUAGUAGUAGUAUUGGCAGAGCAGCCGCAGCCGCGCCCGCGCGAAGCGAAGAGCGGGGAGCGAAGGGGAGAAGCGGCGGCGAGCGAGCGAGCGGGCGAGCAUGCUCUUGGCGCCCCUCCCCGGCUUUGGGCGGAUCUGCCGGAGGACGGCGGCCGGGGCGCGGUGCUAACCGCCCUCGCCGGAACUCGCGGCCGCGGGAUCUGACGCCGCGCCUGCCUCCUCGGAUCGAUCGACCCCAGCGGCGGCGGGCGGUUGCCGAGGCGCCAGCGCCGGCGGGUUCUCUCGGCUCUGGGACAAGACUUGUGCUCCUUCCUCUUCUGAUUAUAGAAGGGAAAGAUUGCGCCUGCGCUUGCUUGGGCGCCGAGCUGGUGGCGGUAAUCUUCGGGAGCCGCAGGCCCGCAGCCGCGGCGCGCCGGUGGAGAAAAAAAAAAAAGAGCGGUGACUUGGCGAGGAGGAACUUGGGAAAGCAGCGAAUGGGUUUCGGGAAGGCGCUGUGAUUUGGCCUGAAAAGGAGGAACCUUUCCUUCCUCUUCGCCUUCCUUUGCCGGCCGCUCUUAUAUCGCCCUCCUCAUCAGAUCGGCGGCGGCGGCCUCGUUGCUGCUUCUUCCGCAACGGGCGAAAAUGAGGCUCUCGUCGUCGUCCGGCAGCGUCAUCCCGGCGGCUCAGCCGGGCUCGCCGGAAGCUGUGGAGGAGCACAAGUGCCUGAACUCGGAGUUGUGGCAUGCCUGUGCCGGUCCGCUUGUUUCCUUGCCCGCGGUGGGUAGCCGGGUCGUGUACUUCCCUCAGGGCCACAGCGAGCAGGUAGCAGCAUCAACUAACAAGGAAAUGGAGUCUCAGAUCCCCAAUUAUCCUAAUCUGCCGCCACAGCUUAUAUGCCAACUGCAUAAUGUGACGAUGCAUGCUGAUGCAGAGACAGACGAGGUAUAUGCACAGAUGACACUGCAGCCACUCAACCCGCAAGAACUGAAGGACCCAUAUUUACCUGCAGAAUUAGGUUCGGCCAAUAAACAGCCAACAAACUAUUUCUGCAAAACAUUAACAGCAAGUGACACAAGUACCCAUGGUGGGUUCUCUGUUCCCCGUCGAGCAGCUGAGAAAGUGUUUCCUCCACUGGAUUUCACCCAGCAACCUCCAUGCCAGGAGUUGAUGGCAAAAGAUCUUCAUGGCAAUGAGUGGAAAUUCCGUCACAUCUUUCGUGGUCAGCCAAAGAGACAUCUUCUAACUACAGGUUGGAGUGUCUUUGUAAGUGCAAAGAGACUUGUUGCUGGUGACUCUGUCCUUUUUAUCUGGAAUGACAAUAACCAGCUUCUGCUUGGAAUUCGUCGGGCAAAUCGGCCGCAAACUGUCAUGCCAUCUUCAGUCUUAUCAAGUGAUAGCAUGCAUAUUGGUCUUCUUGCUGCAGCUGCUCAUGCUGCUUCGACAAAUAGCCGGUUUACAAUUUUCUACAACCCAAGGGCAAGCCCUUCAGAGUUUGUCAUACCGCUUGCAAAGUAUGUUAAGGCUGUGUAUCAUACCCGUAUAUCCGUGGGGAUGCGCUUCAGGAUGCUUUUUGAGACAGAAGAGUCUAGCGUUAGGAGAUACAUGGGAACAAUUACCGGAAUCAGUGAUCUUGAUUCCGUUCGGUGGCCAAAUUCACAUUGGCGUUCUGUUAAGGUUGGCUGGGAUGAAUCAACUGCUGGUGAGAGGCAGCCUAGGGUGUCACUAUGGGAGAUUGAGCCCCUGACAACUUUCCCAAUGUAUCCAUCUCCUUUUCCGCUCAGGCUUAAGCGUCCAUGGCCAACAGGCUUGCCUUCUCUGCAUGGUGGGAAGGAUGAUGACCUGGCUAACUCUCUCAUGUGGCUUCGAGAUGCCGCAAAUCCUGGUUUUCAGUCGUUAAAUUUUGGUGGACUUGGUAUGAACCCUUGGAUGCAGCCAAGGCUGGAUGCUUCCUUACUUGGUCUGCAACCUGACAUGUAUCAGGCGAUGGCCACAGCUGCUUUCCAGGAUCCAACAAAGCAGGUAUCAUCACCCACAAUGCUGCAGUUCCAGCAACCACAGAACAUAGCUGGCCGGGCUACGCCACUUCUUUCAAGUCAGAUUUUGCAGCAAUCACAUCCUCAAUUUCAGCAGCAACAGUACCUUCAAAACAUCUCAGAGAGUACAAUCCAAGCGCAGGGUCAGUCUGAGUUCCUCAAACAGCAGAUCCAACGCAGCCAGUCGUUCAAUGAGCAGAAGCCCCAGCUGCAGCCCCAGCAGCAACAGCAAGAAUCACAGCAGCAGCAGCAGCAGCAAUCACAGUGUCUGCAAGUCCCUCAACAUCAACAAAUGCAACAACAUAACAUGACCAACUAUCAGUCUGUAUCUAAUGCAUUGUCAGCAUUUUCUCAGCUGUCGUCAGCCUCUCAGUCUUCACCUGUGUCACUGCAAACAAUAUUACCGUUCUCACAGGCACAGAGCUUUACAGAUACAAAUGUAAGCUCAUUGUCUCCAUCCAACACCAACACCAUGCAAAAUACACUGAGGCCAUUCUCAUCAGAAGCAGUUUCUCACCUCAGUAUGCCGAGGCCCACUGCAAUACCUGUCUCCGACCCAUGGUCAUCGAAGCGUGUUGCAGUGGAGUCUUUGCUUCCUUCUCGGCCUCAGGUUUCGUCCCAGAUGGAACAAUUGGACUCUGCACCAGCCAGUAUACCUCAUAGCUCUGCAUUGGCACCGCUUCCUGGAAGAGGAUGCUUGGUGGAUCAAGAUGUGAACUCUGAUCCUCAAAAUCAUGUCUUGUUUGGUGUUAGUAUAGAUUCACAGUCACUGCUAAUGCAAGGAGGCAUCCCUGGUCUCCAAAAUGGGAAUGAUUCAACUGCUAUACCUUAUUCCACCUCCAAUUUCCUGAGCCCUUCACAGAAUGAUUUUCCUUUAGAUCAUACACUAAAUUCUCCAGGUUGCUUAGAUGAUUCUGGGUAUGUGCCGCCAUGUUCAGAUAAUUCUGACCAAGUGAACCGACCACCAGCGACCUUCGUGAAGGUUUACAAAUCUGGAACCUAUGGAAGGUCGCUUGAUAUCACUAGGUUUAGUAGCUAUCAUGAGCUCCGUAGGGAACUAGGGCGCCUAUUUGGCCUUGAGGGCCAGUUGGAAGACCCUUUGAGAUCAGGCUGGCAGCUUGUAUUCGUCGACCGUGAGGAGGAUGUCCUUCUCGUGGGCGACGACCCUUGGCAGGAAUUCGUGAGCACGGUGUCCUGCAUAAAGAUACUCUCGCCGCAGGAGGUGCAGCAGAUGGGCAAGCAGGGGCUGGAGCUCCUGAGCUCAGGCCCUGCGCGGAGGCUAGGUAGCAGCUGUGACGACUACGUUAGCAGGCAGGAGUCGAGAAGCCUGAGCACCGGGAUCGCGUCCGUCGGGUCGGUCGAGUUCUGAUGAGCAGAAGAUAGGGCGCACACAGCAGCAGCAGCAAGUUACACGCCCUCAGGUUAGGGCUGAGGGCUGGUCUGCGACCCCACCCGCAAGCUCGUCGCACACUUCCAAUGGUUUUGCGACCUGGGAACUGGGAUGGAAGGAGCUCGAAUGGAAGUUCAGCGUGGGCCAAGCCUUAGCUCCCAAGUUAUGUACCAUCUAAUAAUUCUGUUCGUCGUAUGAUAUCAAACAACUCCUAAGUAGAAAACUACCAACGGCGGGUGCUCUCCACUGUUGGUAUACCACAUGCUGAAACUUUGUUCUUGUAUGGAGAAAUACUAAUCCUGUGAAUGUAGCCAGGCUCUCUAAUGGUCGAUCAGGUAAUAGCCCUCUUGUUGCCUAGUAGCACACAGCAAGCA